GUAUACCUAGCUUUCUACAUAAGGGGUUCGCAUGCCCAUCAGAAGCAAGCGCUUGGGUCUUUGACCUGUCCUGCUUCUGCCAAUUCCAUCCACCACAUCCACUUUAUCGCCUCCUCAAAAUCUACCAACAUGGGUUUCUUCGACUUCAUCGAGGCAAGAGACGCCCGCGACCAACUAUACUCCAACGACGACCGCCCUUCCUCCAAACCCAACCUCGGCCACGAGAUCCUCGGCGGCGCAGCAGCCUUUGAAGCGAUGCACCUCUGGGAAAAGGAACAACGCCGCAAAGGCGAGCCAGUCUCCCACGGCUUUGCCAAGGAAGCGCUUGCUGCCAUGGCGGGCGCGGAAGCCGACAAGCUAUGGGAGAGGCACCAUGGCCGGGAUGGGGGAAAUGAAAGAGACAGGGAGCGGGGGAGGGAGCAUGCUAGGCGGCAGGUGGAGGAGCUGUAUGAUCAGCAGUAUGGGGAGAGGGAUGAGUGGAAUCCGAACCAUGAGAUUCAUGAGUCGAUGAGAUUUUCUGGUUAUUGA